AGGCUGUUCUGCCCUGUGGCCCUGGAAGUCAGGGAGCCACAGAGGUUCUAUGAAUUCCACCACCAGCAAACAAGGGGCAGCGUGGAGGAGUGGACACAAUGUCUGAGGGAGCUUACCAGCGCCUCUGGGAGUCCUCCCACGUGACCCUGCAGGAGCUGCUGGACCAAGAGCAGCCUCUGCUCGAACCUGUGCCCGACCGGGAGCGGCAGUCCUUCCAGUACAGGCUCGCAUCGCUCUACCUGCACUACCUGGGGCUGCUGCGCCGCUUCGACACCGUCUAUGACCAGAUGGUGCAGCCGCAGAAGCGGCGGCUGCUGCGACGCCUGCUGGACGGCGUGGCGGGCCGCGUGCUGGAGCUCAAGGACGAGCUGGUGCACGCCGACCUGUGUGAGAACCACUGCCUGGACCGCGUGCUGCAGGAUCUCAAGCUCACCCCAGCUGACCUGGAGGUUCCAAUCCCCAAAUACUUCCUGCUGGAGCAGUCCACCACUGUGCGGGAGCGAGGGCUGAUACUGGCCGAGAUCCUGUCCAGACUGGAGCCAGUGUCCUCCCAGAAGAGCGUUACAGGAAUGCACCGGACUGAGGCCAUAAUUCUAGUGCAAAAGGCAGAGCGGGCCAGGCAAGGCCGGCUUCGAGCCACCUUCAUGCAAGAGAUUCGAAGAGAUGAGGAGCAGGAUCGGAGGAUUCAGGAGGAUGGAUGGCACAAGUUCAGUCAGGGCCAAGCAGCUGUCACCAUACAGAAGGUGUGGAAAGGCUACCUGCAGAGGAAAUGCACUCAGCAGGACCGGCGAAUGGAGAUGGAGUUCAUUGGCAUGCUCCCCUCACCCAACCAGGUAGAGCACCUGAGCAUCAUCUCCCAGGCACGCCUUGUGGAGGAUGUCCGGAGGCUCCGCCAGAUGGAGAAAGAGGAGGAGUUCCGGGCAGCAAUGGUGAAGGCCCAUGAUUCUCUGGUAGAGACAGAGGGGCCUGACAUGAAGGAGAAAAUGAAGGAGCAAAUCCGACAGUGGUUUAUCGAGUGCCAUGACCUUACCGGCCGGUUCCCUGAUUAUCCGGAUGCGUCUUCAGGUGGAUCCUACUCAAUUUUUGCAGACAAAACUCCAGAACAGGUGAGAAUGGAACUGGAAAUGCAGGUGCAAGAGAACAGAAAAAAGGAACAAGAGAAGAGCAAGGAAAAAGGAAAGGAUGAAAAAGAGAAGAAGAAAGGAAAGGAAGAAAAGGCCAAGAAGGGGGAAGUGGAUGCGGUGUUGCAAGUGUUGCCAUCCAAAUUUAUCCCUAGGAUCUGUGCCGGGCAUGAAGAAUACUUAAAUACAUGGAAGAACCGGUGUGAGAGCAUACACCCCAGUCAGAAUUAUGACUCCGAGACCCUCCGGGAGGAGAAGAGGAAAGAGGUGGAGCUGGAGAUCCGGAUACAGGUGGAUGAGCUGAUGCGUCAGGAGCUGAGGAACCUCCGUCUGGCUGUGGACAAGGAGGAAGAAAGACCCUUGAGGGCUCCAAAGAAAACACCUGGGAAGAAAACUGGGAAAAAGAAGGAAAAAGAUCUGACCUCAGACAGGUCUGUGGAGUCUCUGUACGAAGAGCUUGUUAUUUCUGGCCUUCUAAGGAAGAGUGAGUCAGUAGCAUUGAAAGACUACAUAGGUGACUUCCUGUAUCUUGGAUCCACUCUGAGUUUGGCGAAGAAGUUGCCCAUGCCAUCCCUGUUUGACAUACGACAGAAUGUGGCUUUGUAUGCGGUCCUUCGGCUUGGCUCCCCGGAUAUCCACAUCAUGGCCCCGCUCAUCCGCUCCAUCCUCCUGGUGGGCCCCUCUGGCAUGGGGAAGAAGAUGCUGGUCAAGGCAGUGUGCACAGAAACUGGCGCCAACCUGUUCGACCUGUCGCCGGAAAACCUGCUGGGCAAAUAUCCUGGCAGGAAUGGGACACAGAUGAUGGUGCAUAUAGUCUUUAAGGAUGAGACUGAAUAUGCAGCUCCCCCAUGGGGGGCAGUGACUCAGUUUACCCUGAGGUGUGAGGUAGCCCGACUCCUACAGCCCUCUGUGAUUUGGAUUGGAAGUGCUGAGAAGAAUUUCUAUAAGAAGAUCCCCAAAGAAGACAAGGAGAUGGACCCAAAGCGGAUAAAGAAGGACCUCACCAAGGCCUUGCGGCUGCUGACUCCCGGAGACCGUGUGAUGCUGAUUGGGACAACCUCCCGGCCGCAGCUGGCCGAGAUGCGGGGUCUGUGCCGGGUCUACGAGCGGAUCCUCUUCAUGCCCCGGCCUGACUACGCGUCCCGCUAUGUGCUCUGGAAGCGUAUGAUAGAGGCCCGGGGCAUCCAGCCGACCCAGCACCUGGACAUCAGUGCCCUAGCCAAGGUCUCCGAUGGCUACACGCCGGGUCACAUUCUUCAAGCCAUCCAAUCGGUGCUGAGUGAGCGGCGGUUCCUGCAACUGUCCAAGCGGCCCCUGGUGGCCUCCGAGUUCCUGGGACAACUGGUAAAGCUGGAUCCAGUGUACAGGGAGGAGGAGGAGUCCCUGAAGGACUGGUACUUCAAGACCCCACUGGGCAAGAAGAGCAUGAAACACAGGGUGGACCAGUUGGAGGCCGAGGAGGCCAAGCUGGACAAGGAGAAGAAGAAAAGGAAGUGAUGGCUAAGGCUUGCGGGCACCUGAGAUUAGUGGCGUGGGACAGGGCAGUGGCCCAAGGGUAAAGGGAUGGGGCAGAGGCAUAAAUGCCCAGAUGACUUGGGAACAAAC